GCGUUGCUUUCUCGACGACUCGGACGAUAUACUUACAUGACAUGCCUAUGCGCCAUGCCCAGCGAAAGCAUAUCAUACACUCCCUCAGUUCACUCCUCUACCAGUUACACACCGUCUCCUUCCUCCUCUCUCCGAGACUAUGGCCUUUGCUCUGUCGCAUUGCAACUCAGUUCCAGUUCUCUCGCCCACGCGACAUUGACUCGCAGCGGUCCCUCCGAUUCUGGUUCAUCCUCGUCGUCCUCGUCAACCUCCAGAGCUUCUACAACCACAUAUUCAAGGGGCCGGCGGAGGGGAGGUCGAUCAUCCUCGACUUUGUGGGCCUCGCCCACAAACCGUCGAAAGUUUUCCUGCUUUCUCUCGACUCCCUCAUCGUGUUCCUCGAAUUCAUCCUCAUCAUCAUCGCAUACGAGACGUCCUUCGUGCUCGCCUCGCCGCCUGAUACCUCAGACCCGCUUCUCCCACAUCCUAUACCCCCAAGUUCUGCAUUAUCACUCACCCUCGGCGACCCAGACACCAAGCCGCUCGAUUCGGCAUCCCCCGCGUAUAACGACGAGCCCGAAUAUAUCGUCGACAUACGACUGGGCCCGCUUCUCCGACGGCUAAGAAACCCUCCAACACCUCCGCCGCCUCAACAGAACAACCCCAGCGACGAACUCCUUCCCCUCCCUAACACCACUUCCUUCCAGUUAUCCCAGAGUCUUAACAUGCUUGCCCGCGCCCGGGCGAGGAUGCGUGAGCGCGCGGCUCGGGCUGCGGACAAUCAGCGGACAGACCAGUCCGCAGGUGAGUCAGAUAGGACGAGGGAACGACAGUCGGGCGAGCCGCGAGAGGAAAGAACUGUUCCUGGAGGACUAAGAGAGGAAGGGGAGGAUGGUUCAUGACACUGGCGUGUGCGCGCGGGGCAUGUACCAUUAUAGAAUGUGGUGACAGUGGUUCGUUGCGUGCCGAUACGAUAUGAUUGUAGCCGCUCGCCUCCGUGGCGACUAAUGGGAAUUCACCAUUUCCGUUUCAUCGCUUCGCGCAUGCAUUGCCCGAACUUGUCGAACGCCUCUUUGCACGAAUCCUUCUGGACGUCCGUGUAUGUCGCUAGAAUGCACUUUCCGUAAGCCGACGCUGCCGCAGAGCAGGUAGUGGUGGAAUGCAAAGCGAGGCGGCGGAGAGGUGUGGUCGUGGUCUUUGUGACCUGCUUCAUUGUUG